AUGAUUGGAGAAUAUGAUCAGUCACACCACCAUUUAAACAGUACAUUCACUAACUACAGUAAUAAUAGCAGUAUUAUAGUAGAUGAUAUACCUACCGAAUCCUGUCAAUUGUUAAAUUAUCCUACACAACUGAUUAAUAAUAAUAAUAAUGCAACAGCCAAAAAUUCGACACAUUUCACCUCAUCUAUCAAUCAUCAUCAUAUUGCAUUAACAAAUGAACAGGUGAGUUUCAAUGUAGAAAACAACUCCGAAUACAGUCAUAACAUAUUAGAUAGUCAAACUAAUCAUUAUGGACUAUCGUCUUCUACCAAUUCACCCUACGGGAAUUUGUCAAAUCAAUACUCGACUAAUUCACAUUAUACAACAAAUCAGCCGCAUUAUCCUAUUGUCACAUUGAAUAAUAAUAACAAUAACAGUGAUAAUCCAUUUAGAUGUGCAAAUUCAUUCAUUCCAUUAGUUAAUUCAAAUCACCAUUUGCCUUCUAUAUCAUCAUCAUUAUCACCAACCUCGACAACAACAACAGCGUCAGUGACAGCAGCAUCGUCAGUUACAGCAGAAACAUAUCAAACUAAUUUAUGUGAUCAAAUUGAGUUUUCACUGAAUUCUCAGUUCCUUCAACCGCCAACUGAAGAAUUUAUCACAGUACUACCAAAUGAAACAGAAUUAAUAAAAACAUCUGUAUUGCGUCAUCUGGACCAUUAUUCACAGUUUGUAAAUCAGUCACCGUUUCAAACAUUAGUACAUCAGUUAGUAACCAAUACUACUAAUAAUAGCAGUAAACAUAACUUUGACAGCAUUUCAACAUCGACAAUUGAUGAUGACUUAAUAUUAUGUCAUAAAAAUAUUUUAUCUAAUCCACAUAAUAAUCAUGAGUUCCUACCUCCAUCAGUGUACCAUUAUCAACAUGUUCCUGAAGGUGAACUUGUUAAAGUAGAAAUGCUAAAUGAUGCUGAUGAUAAUGAAAAUGAUGAUAACACUUAUCUACGUCAACAUAAACAGCAUCAACAAAGGCAACAAUUAUUACAACCAAAUGAAUAUAAUACAUAUAUAAGAAACUUUCGACAGGCUACAUUCAACAAUUUGAAGUCAUCUUAUCCUGAAAAUUAUGUUUCCAAUGAACAGACAAUAAUUCCAUCACCAAUUAUAAUACCUUCGAUUACAAGUGAUGAAUUUAGUUUAUCAACUAAUUGGACACCAGAUAAGAUGAAUAUGUAUCCAGAUGAAAUAUCAUCAAUGUCACAACACCAACAUCGUCAAUCUAGUAAAUAUUUAACAUCGCCAAGUCAUUUCACAUCAACUCCAUUAUCAUCAGAAGCAAACUUUGGUAAUCGUCAAAUAGAUUAUUUGAACAACAGCAUUUAUAAUAGCCCUGAUCUGUUACAAAAUACAACACCACAACGUUUAUUAAUUACAGAAGCCAAACAACACGUGUCAAAUAUAUCCAAAUCUUUUGAUAACAAUGACAAUAGUAGUUGUAGCACUAAUAAUAAUAAUAAUAAUAUAUAUUGUCUGCCAGUUUCUACACAAAUCGCUACCACUCCCAUUACCACAACAAGUGAGAAUUCUGUGAGUGUUUUUAAUCAAACACAGCUCCUUUUUGAUGGGUCCUCUUCAACUUCAUCAGCUGCAUCGAGAUCUUCAAGUUCAUUUGGCAACGCAUCGUCAGAUAAUAAUAACAAUUCAGGGAAAAGACCUCAUUGCCUAUUAAAUGAAUUUCAGACUCAUCUACAAAGCACAAUUAAUAAAAAUACUUGUCAAAAAUCGGAACUUGUCAGCAAUCCACCAGCAUCUUACAUAACUAAUAACAGUUUCCAUAUAACAUCGCCAUCGCAUAAUACAUCAAUAGAAAAGACUGAUAAAUAUACAAAUCCGGAUUCAAAUAAAUCAUCUAUUGACACAGAACAAAUAAUAAGUGAAAAAACUAAAAACGAUAGACGAAAACAAACAGAACUGCCAACAACUAAUCCUACAGUUACAUCACUAAAACGUACUAAAUCAAUGAUGCAUUCAGACUCAACAAUGAUGUCAUUGAAACCUGAACGACCAAGUAUACAGCAACAAACAACCUCAUCAUUACGUAAACGUGGUCGUUAUUCUCGUAUGAAACAAGCAGAAAUGAGUAUAGAUAAACAUCAUUUGAUCAACACAGCAAUAAAUGAAUUACAAACUUCACAGUCAACGAUGAAAACAGUAGUAAUGAAGUCAAAUAUAUGCGAUGAUACAAGUAGUAGUACAGAUGACGAAUCUGAUUCAGAUAAUGAUGACACUGAAGAAACUAAAGAAGAGCAUGUUAUUGCACCUGGUUCACAUGGACAGUGUCUACUAUGGGCAUGUAAAGCAUGUAAGAAGAAAACAAUGCAAGUUGAUAGGAGAAAAGCUGCAACAAUGCGUGAACGACGUCGUUUACGUAAAGUUAAUGAAGCAUUUGAAACAUUAAAAAAACGUACAUGCGCUAAUCCAAACCAACGUAUGCCAAAAGUGGAAAUUUUAAGAAAUGCUAUAGAUUAUAUCGAAAAUUUAGAAGAUAUGUUACAACAGAAUGGCGUUAUACCAAUGGGUAUGACACCGUUAACAUCAGCAUUGAAUGUAGCUACUACAUCUCAAAAUGAUAUUAACAAGAGUAGUGCAAUUAACCGUAUGACUCAAUGCAAUUCAUCUGCAACAACUUCUGCAAGUAGUUUAAACAAUUAUCAUCAUUCUAAUACAUCUAUAAAACAACCAAAAACAACUAUCAACAAUAAAUAUGGUAAAGAACAAAAUGAAACAUCUUCAUCACUGACAAAUCAACCCCAUUUAUCUAAUAAUAACAGAUGCCUAUUAACUUAUACAUGUUCUCAAGAUAGUCCUAAUUUAUCGAAUUUCAGAUGUGAUUUUAAUUUAGAAAAUGGGAAUAGACAUGAUUCUACAGAUUCUCUUACAGAUUUAUCACUUGGUAGUUUACCGACAGAAUGCAGACCUGAAGAUCAACUAAAUACAAUGCAUAAUUCAAUAUGUUCCCUUAUUCCAACAACAAAGGAUUCUAAAUUAAUCGAUUUUAACAGUAAUUAUUCACAGACAACCACGUGGAAUAUGUGUACACCUUACGAAACGCUGGAUAGUUUAAAAACCGGUGAUCAGGCACAACCUAUUUUAGUAUCAGACAAUCGAACUACUUUACAAUGUAAUAAAAGUAUUGGGAUUCCAUUAGCUGGACAUUAA